CACUUAAGUUUUGAUUAGCUAAAUGCACUGUACAACACAUAAACGACAUCAUUUGCGAGCCAAUGAAACAAAAAAAAUUGUAAUUAAAAUAACAGGAAACAUAAGCACUUAGCUAUCUGCCUCUGCCUCUAAUUAUGACAGAAUUUCUGGCGGAGAACAAUGCGUGUGGACAAAACCUGCUUAAUAUCGUAUCCGUUGGCAAUUCCAUAAUCGCCGAGGUUCUCCGCCUUAAGGAUUAUGUUCCAUCAAUUUAUCGCUUGGAAUCAAAAGCUGAUAAGCAGAAAUAUGGCGAAGUUAUCUUGGACUUUAGCUACUUCAAAGACGCCGAGGCCAUUGAGAAAAAGAUUGAGGAGAGUCGGGAGCUCAGUGAGCUGGAUGAUGAAGUGCGUUCAUCUCAUUUGCCAUUAAUACAACGCUUCUAUUUGGCCUUUCAAAGUAUCCAUCAUUAUGCCACCGAUUUGCAACAAUUUAUUGAUGAGCUAAACACGGGCUAUUACAUCCAACAGAAUCUGGAAACAUUGCUACAAGAUGAGGAGGGCAAACAAUUGCUAUGCGAAUCGCUUUAUUUAUAUGGUGUUAUUCUGUUAAUACUUGAUUUUCAUAUAUCAGGUGAUGUGAGAGAACGUUUAAUGAUUGCCUAUUAUCGUUAUGCCACACCGAAUGGCGAUGCCUUAGCUCCUGGUUGCAGUGGUGGUAUUGUUGGAAUGGGAGGAGUUGGCGGCGAAAGCAAUAUACACGAUGUAUGCCUGCUAUUAAGAUCAACUGGUUAUCAACAGCCAUCGACAGAACUAUCCUCAAAUCAUCAUCAUCUGUCAACGAGUGUAUCAAAAUAUCCUGAAGCAUAUUUUUCACGUUUUCAAUUUGAUGGAACAUUCAUUGAUUUGGUUAUUGCCCGUUUACGUUGCGAUGAUAUCUACAAUCAAUUGGCCAUUUAUCCACAUCCAUUGCAUCGUUCUACAGCCUUUUCCACUCAAGCAGCUAUGCUAUAUGUUUGUCUAUAUUUUUGCCCCCAAAUGUUGCAUACACAAACAUCACAAAUGCGUGAAAUUAUUGAUAAAUUCUUUCCUGAUAAUUGGAUCAUAUCCAUAUAUAUGGGCAUUACUGUUAAUCUAUUAGAUGCCUGGUCUGAUUUUAAAGCUGCAAAUUUGGCUAUAAAUCAAGUUGUUAAUCCCACAAUGGGCAUCAAAUCCAUAUUGCAAGCCAAUAAGGAACAGAUGUUAAAGACAUUGCAAAAAUCUCAAGAUAUCCUGCAUGAGGGAAUACUCAAUGAUGAUUUUGUUCUGGAACAUGCCAAUAAAAUCAUUAUACUAAUGCGUCAAGCAAAUGUAUUAUUACGCUGGUAUUCCCUACAUACAACAAAAGCCGUAUUUAUUAUUAAUCCAUCGGCUGGUCAUCAUCAUCAUCAUCAAGUGCAAAAGUUAUUAACCAACGAACUAAAUGUGGAGAAACAGCAAAUCUAUCAACUUUUAUUGAAUUGCAGUCAAAUGGAAUUGGUUGUUAAAGAAUUGUUAAAUGAUAUACAUUCCUCGAAAUCUGAACGCUUCUUGAAGAGUCGCGGUGAGAUAAUCGAAAGACUUGGCGAAUUGAGUGAGGCAUUUGCCGGCUCUCGUCCGUUAACGAAAAUCGAGGCGAAUAGCCAUCUACAGCAAUGGUUUGGUCAAAUGGCUAAGCAACUAAACAAAUUGGAUUUGCAAAAACCACAAAAAUCAGGUAGAUUGAUCAUACAAGUGAUGCAGGCAUUGGAUGAGGUACAGGAAUAUCAUAAUCUACAUGCCAAUAUGUUGGUUAAACAGCAAUUACAAGAGACACGGGAUUUGCUCAAUAGAAUGGCUCAGCUGAUCAAUCUGAAGGAGGAUCUGGAGAUACAAAUCCAAAUGAUUUGUGAUUUUAGCUAUGCCUGGCAAUUAUUGCAGCGGGAUUACACUGCCCACAUGCAGGAGCAUAUUAAACGUCAGCCACGUGCGGUUAUUGGCAUUCGCGCCAUAUUCCUUAAAUUGGCCAGCACUCUGGAGGUGCCGUUAAUGCGUAUCAAUCAGGCAAAGAGCGAGGAUCUUGUUUCGGUUUCAAAUUACUAUAGCACCGAAUUGGCCAACUUUUUGCGUAGAGUCCUACAGAUUGUACCCGAGACUAUGUUCAAUAUUCUAGCCCGGAUUAUACAAUUGUUAACGAAUGUGAUUAAGGAGUUUCCCACACGUCUGGAGAAGGAGAAACUACGCGAAUAUGCCCAAUUUGAAGAGCGUUUUAAGGUUGCCCAAUUGACCAAUUCAAUUGCUGUAUUCACCAAGGGCAUACUGAUGAUGAAACGGACUCUGGUGGGUGUUAUUGAAUUGGAUCCCAAGCAAUUGCUAGAAGAUGGCAUACGUAAGGAGCUGGUCAAUCAUUUGGCAAAUGCCUAUAAUUUGGGUUUGAUAUUCACCCCAGAGAAGGGUAAAUCUCCGGUUCAUGUGCUACAGACGAAACUUCAGCAAUUGGCCAAAACGAUUGAGGGUUAUCGACGUUCCUUUGAGUAUAUUGAAGAUUAUUUAAGGGUUCAAGGUCUACGGAUAUUGCUGGAAGAGUCACAGCGUAUUAUUAACUAUAAUGUGGAAAAGGAAUGCAAUUCAUUUUUGAAAAUCAAAAUCCAAGAAUGGCAAUCAGCCUAUCAAUCGCCAACAAUACGCAUUCCAAAUUUUCCGCCACUUCAAGGUGAUGCCUCACAUUCUCAAAAUUUUAUUGGCCGCCUGGCCCAUGAGAUAUUGCGUUGCACUGAGCCACGUUCCACCAUCUAUCUUGAUCUCAAGAUGCGCUGGUAUGAGAAACGUACGCCACAUCAUGAGAUAUUGGCCGCCUCACCGUUCUUUGCCCUGCUGCGUGAGGCAUUGGCUCCAGCUGGUCUGGUGGGACUAGAGCGUCUAUAUAGUCAUAUGUUGGCAAAUGAGUUGAAAAUAAAUCUAGAUAAAUUACAAAAGAAUCUAACCCAAGAUCGCAUGUGGUGUGAGACAUUAGCUAAUUUAACCAAAGAGCUGGAAUCCCGUGAAUUUCCUGGUGACAUUGCCGGCAAGCAGCCAUCAAAAUACUAUCAAUCCUAUUGCCAACGUUGGCUCAAAGUGUGGCCAACGAUAUUGGAUUGGAUCCUAGCGUUGGGCCAAAAGCAAUUAUUGCGUCAGCAAAUAGCUGGCGAAUUGAGUUUCAGCAGUAAAUGUGAUGCCAAAUUAUUGGAGAAUACCACCGAUACAUUGAAUAAGGCCUUCCUUUUGGAUCUUUCGAUUGAGCGUAAACUAUGCUGUGAACAGGGAGUUGGUCUUUUAACCGAAUUAAGUGAUAUUCUACUCUAUACGGGCAACUAUGAGCCAUUGGAACAGGUUUUCUGUUUCACCAAGAAUACGCACAAUGUUUCGCUAUUUCUAACACUCUUCACCAUCGCCCAUGUGGGUCGUUUGCAACAUUCUGUGAAUACCGAUUGCCUUUUACCGCGCACAGCCAAAGAUGUGAUAGAUUGUUGUCCAUUGAUAAUGGGUCUAUUGACAGUAUUGCACCAAUUCCAUAAAAAUGUUAAAAUGCUUUAUAUAAGCUAUUUAAGUCAAUAUGUUGUCACCCUGGCCGAGGUCCAAUUGAUUGAUUCUAAAAUCCUGUCUUCUGAUGUGGUCACCAUGCUACAUUUUUUGCAAUCAUUUCUACGUUUGGCUCGAUUGCCGCUUAGCGUCUUGGAGCAACGUAUUCCUAAUAUGAUACUCAGUGAAUUCGAGUAUUUGGCCACGCCCAUUAAAUGAGAUCUUGGACAAUCAAAAUACUUUAAUAAAUUCGAAAACAUAACAAAUAA